AAAAGCUGUCUGCUCUCUCUCUCUCUCUCUCCUUUGUUGGGAAUAAAGCACAAAAGACGAACGAGUGAACAAGCUGCCAUCAGUACAGCACCAGAAGAACACUAAUUAAAGCUGACUUGAGUUAGAUCCGUCACGACAAACCGUUCAUACAUAGAACAGAUACGAUUUCUUUUGGGGACGAUAUAUCACAUAUGUUAAAAACUGACCCGGGGUACUGCGGAACUGGUCUACAGAGAGAAGACAGCAAUAAGCGAUUAUUACUCAUCUCGUUUAACUGAAAUCAUCUCAGACUUUAAAAAAAUAAUUAACUAAUUGAAAAAGAAAGAACUAAAAUUCAAAACACGUACACGAACAGUCAAUUUUAAUUGUAAUUAAAGAAAUAUAUAUAUAUAAUUAACAAAGAAGCUGUUACAUACAUUGUCAUCAUCUCGGCUUUUAUAGUGUCUGAGAGUAAAUAUAAUGAUUAGAUCUAAGUUUAUUUUAGCUGUUUAGUUUAAAAUUAUUAUUUCUGUUGGUGUGUUGAUGUGUAAUGAUAAGAAGUGACAACAACAAAUAACUUUUAUAAGACGACGAUUAAUCACAUUUCAAUUCGCAAAACAAACAUCCUCGGCUUUCAACAACAACAACAACUUUGCAUUCAUCGACCUGAGAACUUUUUGGCUAUUAUUAUUGUUGUUAAUUAUUAGUAAUUACAGCAGUGAGAAAAAAAAAAGCAAGCAGACAGACAAACAGAAAACAAAGCAAAACACGGCACAUAUUCCAGUAUCAGAAACUUUGAAAGAUGGCUGCUGUUGAGAGUUUAAGCAUUCACGACUCGUUGAAAACCGGAGUAGCAAAAGAACACGAGGAAGCUGAAAAUGGCAUUUUCACUCAGUCGAUUAUGAAAGGGACUGUGACCCCUGCCAUCUACCGCCAGUUCCUUGCCGAACUUUAUGAAAUCUACAAAGCAAUUGAAGAAACAGCUGAACUAAACAAAGAACACGAAACAUUCGGAGUGACACAUUUUCCGACCGAGUUGAACCGCGUCGGAGCAAUCGAGAAGGAUCUGGAGUAUUACUACGGCGCCAACUGGAAAGAAGAAGCAAAGAGUCAAGUGCCAACAACAACGAAAUAUGUGGCCAGAAUAAAGGAGGUGGGCAAAACUAACCCAACUCUGUUGAUCGCACACUGCUACGUGCGAUAUCUUGGUGACAUGUCAGGUGGAAAGCAAAUAAAAUAUAAACUGAUGAAGCAUUUUAAUCUGGGUUCUUCUGAAGAUGGUGUUGCAUUCUUUGUAUUUGACCAGAUUGACAACGUGGCCCAUUUCAAAGACUAUUACUUUGGUCGCAUGAAUUCCAUCAGCAUUAACGAUGACCAAUUGGCAGAUCUGGUCGCCGAAGCGAAGAAGGCUUUCCAGUUCAAUAUUGAUCUUUUUAAAGACAUGAAUGACUUUGUUCAGAGAAUGAAAUUGCCACAAGAAAACAUUUCUAGUGAUCCAUCGAAGAUGGAAACGUUUUAUAACAAUUUCAAAAGUUUAUUCAGUUCUUCAUAAUCAGUUGUGAUCCAUUCUGUAGACUUCUAGUUAUUUUUUUCCAUAGUUUAAGAUCAUUUCCUCGACUUUUUCACCAAUGUGAUAAGGAAAAGAGAGAAAAAUAACCUCAAACAUGGUUCAGUGCUCUUUUUUUUUUUAUAUAUAAAUAAACAUGUCUUCCCAUUAAAAAAAAAAUUGUGAAUGGGAUACUCGUAAAUAAAAGUUAAAUUUAUUAUGAAAAUAAAUUUGUUUCACACUAGGACUUCAAGUUUUAUCUGACA